AUGGGCAAGCAAGGUCCUUGCUAUCACUGUGGAGUUACAAGCACACCACUUUGGCGUAAUGGGCCACCUGAGAAGCCUGUACUAUGCAAUGCAUGUGGAUCUCGAUGGAGGACUAAGGGAACACUAGCAAAUUAUACCCCUUUGCAUGCACGGGCAGAAAAUGUUGAUUAUGAGGAUCAAAAGGUUUCCAGGGUAAAAAGCAUAUCAUUAAUUAAGAACAAAGAAGUGAAAUUGGUCAAGCUAAAGCAGAACUAUGAUAAUGCUGCAUCUGGAGGGUUUGUUCCAGAAUAUAAUCAAGGACACCGAAAGGUAGUGGAUGAAGAUACAAGCAAUAGAUCAAGCUCAGGGUCAGCUGUCUCUAACUCGGAGAGCUGUGCUCAAUUUGGUGGCACAGAUGCUAGUGAUUUGACAGGUCCUGCUCAGUCAGUGGUCUGGGAUGCCAUGGUUCCUUCAAAAAAGAGGACAUGUUCAGGUCGUCCAAAGCCUUCAUCUGUCGAGAAGCUCACAAGAGACCUGUGUACUAUUCUUCAUGAACAGCAGUCGUAUUUUUCUGCAUCUUCUGAAGAGGAUCUUCUUUUUGAAAGUGAUACACCAAUGGUCUCUGUUGAGAUAGGACAUGGUAGCAUUCUCAUAAGGCAUCCUAGCUCCAUAGCUCGCGAUGAAGAGUCUGAGGCUAGCUCUCUUUCAGUUGAUAAUAAACAAUGCCUAAUGCGUGAAGCAUAUUCAUGCUCUAGUACGAUUCCUUUGUAUAGUGAUAACAGUGCCAUGAACUUCUCAUCUCAUGGAGUUGAAAAGAUCAAAAACUCAGCUGGCCAAAUCAUGCAACAAGUGAAACUUAAUAGGGACAAGUCUCAGCUUGAAAAACUACAAGGUCCUGGAAAUCACAAUUCUCCGCUGUGCUCAAUAGAUUUAAAUGUUAUAGUGAACUAUGAGGAGUUUAUGAGAAAUUUGACAAAUGAAGAGCAGCAGCAAUUACUGAAGUAUCUCCCUGUGGUUGAUACCGCCAAAUUUCCUGAUAGCCUUAAAAACAUGUUCAGUAACUUCCAAUUCAAGGAGAACUUGACUUAUUUUCAGCAACUUCUUGGGGAAGGUGUCUUUGACAUAUCUUUGUUGGGGACAAAACCUGAAGAGUGGAAGACUUUGAAAAGGCUUGUGUUAUCUAAUCUGUCAAAAUCAAAAUGGGUUGAACACUAUAAUUUUCUCAAGAAAUGUGAAAACAAAGCUGGGAAAACUGUUGGUCCUGGAUCUACUGCUAUGGAAUCAAGUAAUGUUACAAAUGCCAAGAGAAUGCGUGAGGAUGACAGCAAAAAUCAAAAUUUUCCAGAAUUGAAGGCAACAAUGAGAAGCCCCAAAAGGAUGGUCAUAAAGCCUAUCUGUGAGGGCAAAGAAGUUGUAGAAGAAGGCUCAAGCUUCAGUCCAAAAAGCCUAUUUGCUUUGCCCCGUAGUAUUGGUGGCUUGCACAUGCUGGAUUCUUUUAACUAUGUUGGUGAGAGUUCUGAGGAUCUGCUGUUAGAGGUGCCUUCUAACAGUUCUUUUCCACAGGCAGAGCUCCUGCUCCCAACUUUAAGCUAUGGUGCGCAGGUCAGCACCACUAGUAGCUCUGUACACUCACCUGUUACUCAUCCUUAG